AUGAGGAUGCUCUCCCAUUUCCACCUGCGCUGCUCUCUGCUGGCUUUUGUCAUUUACGGGUUCAUUUUCCAAGCUCAGGAGCUGCAGUCAGCACGACUCAACGUGACGGGACCCCCUGGCCCCAUCACUGUGGCCAUGGGCAAGGACGUGGUCUUGCCGUGCCGCUUCUCCCUGGAGCAGCGCGUGUGGGAGGACACCGAGGUGGUCUGGUUUCGGGAGCAAUUCUUGCCUUUCGUGCAUCGCUACAAGGGGGGCCAGGACCAGUACGGGGAGCAGAUGCUCCACUACCAAGGGCGCACAGAGCUGCUGAAGAAUGGCCUCGCCAAUGGCACCGUGGACUUGAAAAUUUUCCGCGUCCACCUGUCUGACAGAGGGAAUUACACCUGCUUCGUGCAGCAUGGCUCGCACUACGAGGAGGCCGUGGUGGAGCUGGUGGUGACAGCCAGCGGCUCUGCCCCGCUCAUCACGCUGGAGCGCUACCAGGACGGGGGGAUCCGGGUGUGCUGCCGCUCGGCCGGUUGGUACCCGCAGCCCCAGGUGCUGUGGGAAGACCCCCACGGGCGGCAUCUUCCCGCCUUCGCGGAAAGCAUCACCCAGGACGAGAGCGGCCUCUUCACAGCUGAAAGCAGCAUCAUCCUCACCAGAGGUGUGAACCAAGGGCUCUCCUGCUCCGUCCAAGGACAGGGAGCGGCGUUUUUCGUGUCAGAUCCCUUUUUCCAUAACGCACAUCCUUGGAUAACCGCCCUGGGCGCAGUCCUGGUCGCUGUGGUUGCUCUCGUUAUUGUUGCCGUUUAUCUCUUUAGAAUUAAAGGCAAGCAGGAGAAAAAAAUAGCGAUGCAGGAGGCAGCACUCAGAGACCGCGAUGCAGAGAUUGAAAAGCAAGCUGAAGAACUUGCAUGGAGAAGAUACGCCGCGCCCAUAGAAGAAGCGAAGGUGGUUCUGGACCCAGACACAGCCCACCGUGACCUCGUCCUGUCCGACGACUGCAAAAGCGUCAAACGAGAAGACACGCUGCAGGACAUCCCCGACAUCCCUCAGAGGUUUAACCCAUGGCGCUGCGUGCUGGGCUGUGAAGGUUUCACCUCAGGGAGAUACUACUGGGAGGUGGAGGUGGUGGAUGGAGGAGGGUGGACGGUGGGCGUCUCUAGAGAAGAUGUGAAAAGGAAGGGGGAAAUCGAGUUUAAACCGGAGGAGGGCAUCUGGGCAGUGGGGCAGUGGGCAGGGCACUUCCAGGCACUCACAUUCCCCACUCGGACUCUCCUUCCUGAAAUCCAGGCUCCCAAGCGGAUCCGGGUCUCUCUGGAUUAUGAAGAGGGACGGGUGGCAUUUUUCAGUGUUGAUGAGGAGAUUCCCAUCUUCACGUUUCCAUUGACGUCAUUUGAGGGGACAAGAGUCCACCCUUGGGUCUGGCUGGGUCCUGGGACGUGGCUCAAGAUGUGUCCCUGA